AUGGCACAACAGAGGGCGGGCGCCGCCUCUGUAGGCGUGCGCACCAACUUCCAUUUCGAGUUCAUUACGACUCCCACCUCAGAUACCCCGGGCACAACCCUACUUCUCCACUUCGCAACGAAGAGAUAUCUUCUUGGAGAGAUCACCGAGGGCACGCAGCGGGCAUGUAUACAACGUGGCAUCGGGCUGAAAAAAGUCCGAGGUCUCUUCCUCGCAGGCAAAACUCAUUGGAACAACGGAGGGCUGAUUGGCAUGAUCCUUACCAUGUCUGAUGUCCAGCAAUCAGAGUUGGAUGAAGACGGUGUCAAGCGCCCGAGGCUGGACAUACACGCGGGUCCGAUGCAAAUGCACUCGCUGGCAUGUGCCAGGAGAUUUGUCUUCCGGACGGGGAUGCCGUUGUCAGUGCAUGAGGUUGGUGCUCGCAAAACCAUUACCGACCAGGACCCUAUUCAUGAAGAUGAAAAUAUCCGUGUAUGGGCACUCUUGACUCGAGACGCAUCUACCAGCAUCGAUGAUGUCGCAAUCGAUGAAGCACAGUUGGAAACCGAGCAGGAAAUUCGGAAGAAAGUCGUCAGAAACAUGUUCGAUUCCGACUGGAGACGUGAUCAGCUAUUCCAAUCCAAGCUGAAGGACAUCAAGCUUCCUGCCGUUGUCUACGUGCGCGAUCCCGAGACAAAGACCCUAGUCUCUUGUCCAGUCCUUGAUCUCGAUAACACGCCGCUCUCACCAGACUCUGUUGUCCGCCAUCGUAAUCCCUGGCCUGCCUCUACUGUCGAGGAGCUGGCCCCAGCAUCAGGUCUGCCUCGCGGGGCCGUGAUGUCCUACAUUAUCAAGGGCCACCCUCAACGCGGGAGUUUCGACGUGACAAAAGCCAAAGCAUUAGGUAUGAAACCUGGUCCGAAAUUCGCCCAACUGGCAGCAGGUAGGUCGGUCGAGAGCGACGAUGGUAGCGGCAUGAUGAUCACUUCGGAGAUGGUCCUAAGCCCCACUCGACCUGGGAGAGGUCUUGCCUUGUUCGACGUGCCCUCUGUCGGCCAUCUGGAUGAUCUUGCACGGAACCUAAGCAAGCAGAUGGACCAGCUUUUGGACGGUAUUGAAGCCGCGGUCUGGAUCACCCGGCAAGAUGUCGUACGAACCGAGCAAUUCCAAAAUCUACUACAUCAACUGAGGCACAUGCAGCACAUCAUGUCGGAUGCGUCCCUUUGUAACGACCACCUUACUCACGAUUCCAGCGCCUUAUCUUCGAGCCAGCUGGCUCAAAUCGCCCCAAGUCUAUUCUCGAUUCCUCGUUUCGACAAUUCACAAGCGUACCGUCCUGCGCUGGAUAAGUAUGGGCCCGAGCUUCGCUCCUUGGUCGCCGAUCCGCAGGUCGUCCUGGCAAAAAGAGGCUUGAAAGUGCAUAUCGAGCCAACUUUCGCCAUCGACGAGAAAGACGUACCUUCGAACCUUGACUCUGCCUCGUUCACAACUGUUAUGGAACCAGAAGUCCAAGAACUGCUACCGGACGAUAUAUCAUCUUACCGGGCUGCCACUUCAGCUUUCGUUCCAAGUGCGGACUUACAAGAACCAGAGAUCAUUACUUUGGGUACCGGUUCUGCAGCUCCUUCGAAAUAUCGCAAUGUUUCAGCAGUACUCUUACGCAUGCCACAGGGCAUGGGAAACUACCUGUUCGAUUGCGGAGAAGGCACGCUUGGUCAGUUGAAGAGACUGUACGACGCACAACAACUGGACGAUGUUUUAUUCAACUUGCGAGCGAUAUGGAUUUCUCACCUUCACGCUGACCAUCAUCUCGGCACCCUUUCGGUGCUGAAAGCGGUACACAAGACUGUGGGGAGACUGGCCGGGUCGGAGGGUGUGUCUCCAUCGCCACCUUACCUGCUGUCGGAAAUCAACAUGUUGGACUACGUGGACGAAUACCAAUCUGUUUUGGGGCUGCCAACGGACGCACUUUGCACGCCGGUACCUUGCGACGCUUCUCAAGGGUUGUUGCACCGUGGAGAGCCCUUUGACAUAGGGAAGAACGACUCUUACAUCAAAGAAUGGCGGACUGUGCGGGUCAAUCACUGUCAUGGAGCGCAGGCCGUCUCGGUCACCUUCAAGAAUGGGUUCAAAUUCUCCUACAGUGGCGACUGUCGGCCGAGUGAGAAUUUCUGUGACAUUGGUGCCGACUCAGAUGUUCUUGUGCACGAGGCGACAUUUGACGAUGGCAUGGAAGGGGAUGCAAGGGCCAAGAAACACAGUACAACUGGUGAGGCCGUUGGCGUUGCUCUAGGAAUGCGCGCGAAAAAUCUCAUCCUCACGCACUUCAGCCAGCGGUACCAAAAGAUGCCUGUAUUCAGCAGUGUCAAAAUGCCCGAGCCCGUCUCCGAGGGGGAACUUCUGGAUGAGGUGGAUGCUGAGAUGACCAACGGCACCAACCUUAUAAACGAUGAUGUUGCCCAUGAGCCCGCGCAAAAGCUCGCUCCUACGUCGUCCUCGUCCUCCUGGGUUGAACCCGAUGCUGCGCGCGAGCUUCCUAUCGCUGUGGCAUUUGACCUCAUGCGCAUCAAGGUCUCGCAGAUCAAGGACAUGAGGAGACUCUUCCCCGCCAUAUCCAAGAAGUUCGAGAUUGAGGAGGAGAAACGAGAGAAGGCCCGCCUUGAUGUCGCUGAACAGGUCAAGAUUGAGGAAGAAAAGAAACGUGCGGCAAGACAAGAGUCGAUGGAGAAGAACAGAAAGAAGAAGGACGAAAUAAAUAGAGCGAAGCAGCUGGAUUCAAAUAACAAGACGAGUAAGAAGUCCAAGAGAAAAGCCAAGGAGCAAGGAGUUGACCAUGGGGAGCAGACUCAGACGACGCAGACCCAGGCUCCCGCAGCAAAGGGUGAGCAGGGAGUAGCAAACGGUGCCACUGAGCCGAUGGUUUUCGAUGCGACUGAGCCAAGGAACACAAUCAGCAGCGGUGUCGGUGCGGGUGAGAAGGCGAUCUCCAACUUUAAGGCGACUGCCACAGGGGCCCAGCUUGGCAAUGGCACGAACGCGAGCAUGCAGGACGGCCCGACUCAGAGUCCACACCGAUCAGGCUCAUCCGCUACGAAACAAGAACUUCACGAUGCCACCGGAGUCAAGGAGCACGAAGUCCAGAGUCCGGCGAAGCGGCGCAAGACUGAGUGA